GUCCAGCACACCAUCUCAUAUCCACUCAUAUCUCGUACGUUUGAAAGGUCAUAACUGGAAGUCCGCCAAAGAAAUACCCACGCUCUCUCACAAUCAUUUCUUUCUCUGUCGGACCUGCCAGAUGAUCAACGUCUUCAUCUAGGGUCAACAUGUCUUCCACUACCUCCGAAGUCGUGAUCUCCCCUUUCUUCACAAGCAAAGCUCCAUCCACGGUCGAUGACUCCGACCAUGCAACGGCAAUGGACACAGAGCUGCCUCUCGUUUACAAGGACAUUCGACAUAUUCUCUUCAUUCGAUUGGAGUCUUCAGAACUCCUCAAGCACCAGAAAGAUCUUUUCCUAGAUUCAUUAUCCCUCCGCUCCUCGGACAAUGAACCUAGUUCGCUUGUAGAACUUACCCUGCAGUAUCUCCAAUUCCUCCUUAACGGCAGUGCACCAGUCUCUGCGAUCGAGUCACUGCUUCUAGCAUUCGAACGAGAUUUCUUAGUGGAUACCGAUAUCCACUCCCUUCUCAUCCACUCACAUGUCAGUUCCAGUGUGAGACGGGACUUGCUUAAGACAUACUUCACCGCAUCAUCGACGUGCGGGGAUUGGAGGACGAAGGAAAGCGCUCUGGUAGAGUCUGCAGAGCAUGGCCAAUCACAAAUAUUCACAGUAUUCGGUGGGCAGGGCACAUCAAACCCAGUAUGUGCCAAGGAGCUGUCAGAACUCUAUGCCACAUACACUCCGCUUCUGAGCGAACUCAUAGCCGCAACAGCACCGUUGCUCCACGAACUUUCGCGGCUCCCAGCAACACGAGACUACUACUAUGGUCGAUACGUCGAUGUCGAAGCAUGGAUGAAGAAUGCCAACACAAUUCCAGACAGGGAUUUUGUCUCAACGGCGGCAGUGAGCUUCCCCAUUCUCGGACUGCUGGGUCUUGCACACUAUGCUGUCUCCUGCAAAGUGUUGGGCAAGACACCUGGUGAGAUGCGAUCUCUCCUCAACGGUGCCACUGGUCACUCCCAAGGAAUCGUUGUCGCAGCCGCCAUCGCUCUCUCCGAUUCUUGGGAAUCAUUCUAUGAUGCUGCUAAACUAGCAGUCGAGAUCCUCUUCUGGAUCGGUUACGAGUCCCACCAGAGAUCACCAAGAUCAUCAAUCCCAGCCGACCUCACUAGAGAAUGCUUGGAGAAUGGAGAAGGACGACCUUCGUGCAUGUUGAGUGUGCGAGGCCUGCAACGAUCGCAAAUCGAAUCGAUCAUUACCAAAACAAACAAGACGCUGGCGACCCACGAGAAGUUGUAUCUUGCGCUUGCUAACGCUCGUGACAACUUUGUCAUCGCCGGGCCGGCGAGCUCCCUCGUCCACAUCAACAGCCUUUUCCGCUCUUUGAAAGCGGAUGCAGAGCUCGAUCAAGAUCGAAUCCCGUACAGCAAACGAAAGCCUGUGGUCAACCACCAAUUCUUACCUAUCAGUGCUCCAUUCCACACGAGCCACCUCAAGGAUGCCGCAAUCAGAAUAAAGAGAGACCUUGCAUCCAAGUCACUCAAUGCUGAGCAACUCAUGAUCCCAGUCUACCACAGCAAGACGGGCAGAGAUCUCAGAGAGCUCGGCAACACCAAUGUGAUUGGUAUCUUAGUCGAUGCUAUUACUUGCGAGCUUGGUGACUGGCCCACGGCAACCGACUUUCCAAAUGCGACACAUAUCAUUGUGCUCUCAGGAGGGGGGAUUGGAGAGCUGACGAUGAAGAAUAAGGAUGGCCACGGAGUCCGGGUCAUCAUUGGCAGCGAAUUCGAGGUUCGUGACAAGGAGAUUGGCAGCAAAGCUGAUCUUUUCUCUCCUCGUCUGCUUGAGACUUCCACCGAGUUGGAGAGCUGGGGCAGAAAGUUCCAGCCAGGUAUCAUGCCAUCAGACCUAGGUGAGGCCAUGCUCGACACAAGAUUGAGCAGACUCCUAGGCUGUUCUCCUGUGAUAGUCGGUGGAAUGACUCCUACGACUGUUCCCUGGGACUUUGUCUCUGCUGUUAUGAAUGCGGGGUACCACAUUGAAAUGGCUGGCGGCGGAUACCAUAACGCAGAGUCUAUGUCUGCUGCCAUCGCCAAGGUAAUGGCCAAUGUGCCUCGCGGAAGAGGUAUUACUUGCAACCUGAUCUAUGCAAGCCCUCACACCUUGGCCUGGCAGAUUGCCAUGCUGAAGAAGCUGGCCCAAACUGGCAAAGCAGUCGAUGGACUGACCAUCGGAGCCGGAGUACCCUCGCCUUCCAUUGUAUCCGAGUAUAUCAGCACCCUAGGAUUGAAGCACAUUGCAUUCAAGCCAGGAUCAAUCACUGCGAUCAAGCAGGUCAUUGAUAUCGCGCAAGCCCACCCCGAGUUCCCUAUCAUCCUGCAAUGGACUGGUGGACGAGGCGGGGGUCAUCACUCCUUCGAGGACUUCGAUGCACCCAUCCUCAAUAUGUAUAGUGCCAUUCGAAAAUGCAAUAACCUGAUUCUCGUCGCGGGAAGUGGUUUCGGGAGCAGCGAAGAUACAUAUCCGUAUCUGAACGGAACCUGGACUCAGAAAUUCGGGAAGAUGACGCCUUUGAUGCCUUUCGAUGGUAUAUUGCUCGGAAGUCGCAUGAUGGUUGCAAGGGAAGCGCAUACGUCGUUGCAAGCAAAGGAGUUGAUUUACGAAGCUCCAGGCGUCGGCGAUGAAGAUUGGGAGCAAACGUACAGCGGUGAAGCGGGUGGAAUUAUCACCGUUAUCUCCGAAAUGGGCCAACCAAUCCACAAACUUGCCAACCGAGGAACAAAGCUCUGGGCAGAACUCGACAAAUCCAUCUUCAGUCUCCCUCGCAAGGACAGAGUUGCAAAGCUCAAGCAAAAGCGAGAAUAUAUUAUUCGCAAGCUCAACGCCGACUAUGCCAAGCCAUGGUUUGGACAAGAUGCGGAGGGAGAGGUUUGCGAUUUGGAGGACAUGACUUAUGGAGAAGUCCUCGCCCGCCUCAUCGACUUGAUGUAUGUUGCUCACCAGAAGCGCUGGGUUGAUGCUUCAUAUUCCCGUUUCGCAACGGACUUUGCGGCUCGUGUUCUAGAAAGACUACCAGCUUCACGAUCAAUUGAGAUUCCAGCCUCUACCCUCGAGGAUCCUUUCCGAUUCUUGAGUGACUUUCUGUCAGCUUGUCCUGAGUCUGAAGACAACAUCUUGAACCCCGAGGAUGUCACAUUCUUCUUGCAUCGAUGCAAAGCUAGAGGUUCCAAGCCUGUGAACUUCAUCCCCGCUCUUGACGAUGACUUUGAGACCUACUUCAAGAAAGACUCUCUAUGGCAGUCUGAGGAUGUCGAUGCGGUUAUUGGACAGGAUGCUGGACGUGUUUGCAUCUUGCAUGGCCCUGUCGCUGCUCGAUACUCUCAGAUGGGCAAUACCGAUGAGUCUGCCAAGGACAUUCUUGAUGGCAUUGCCAAGGCACAUGUCGAGAUGAUCAGACGAGAAUUCUAUCCCGAGUCUGGAGCUUGCACUCCUUGCUCAGAGGGCUCAGAGAUGUCUCUCAUCUCUUGGUCACCAACUACACCAAAGUCAGUCCAAGCACUAUUCUCCGACAAGUUCGUGCUACAAGGUCAUGACCGAAAGCCAAGUCCUUUCGCUCGUCUCUUGCAAGACAGCCCAGUCGGGACAUCUCUUCUGCACUUCGACCAAGACACCAACACUCUUUCUCGAACAGCCGAGGAUAGCACUGGAGCUCAAUCUCUCAUGAAGAUCGAGGUCACUAGGGACGACAAGAUCACCGUUGAGCUUCACCAACCAAGUGCCUACAGCUCAACCCCUAUUGUUCUUCAAUUUAGAUACGCUUACAAUCCACUCAUGACACCAUUCGGAUUGAGCGAGGUCAUGGAUCAGCGCAAUCUUCGAAUUAAGUCGUUCUACAGCAAGCUGUGGUUUGGUGAGGAUAUCGAUGCGUCUUUAAAUGUGCACUCUCGUUUCCAAGGCCAGGAGACGACGCUCAAUCGCAAGAUGCUCCAAGAUCUGGUUUCCACUGUCGGCUUGUCUUACCCUCACGGUGAGACCAUGUUCUCUAGUGGUGAUGUCUUCCCAAUCAGCGUCGGUAUCGUCGUUGCUUGGGAUGUCAUGACGAAGCCUCUUGUCCUUAGAGACAUUGAUGGUGACCUUCUCCGCCUCGUUCAUCAAUCUAACACCUUCAAGUACUGUGAAGGUGCUGAACCUCUUCGCAUUGGGGAUGUUAUUUCUGCAUACUCCAAAGUGAAUGCUGUCUAUAUCGAGGAUGCUGGCAAGUAUGUUGUUGUCGAGGCAGUCAUUGAGCGAGCUGGCAAGUCAGUGAUGACUGUUACCUCAACCUUCUUGUUCAAGGGAACUUUCGACGAUUUCCACUCUACCUUCAGACAAACUCAAGAGUCGGACAUCCUCCUUCAAGUCACCUCUGCGCAAGACGAUGCUGUUCUCCGUAACCGAUCCUGGUUCGUACCAAAGAACUCUUCUGCAUCCCUUGUUGGAAAGUCUCUCCUGUUCAAGCCUCAAACAACUGUUUCCUGGAAGGGCAGAAAAGCAUUCAGAAGCAUGGCUGUCACUGGGUCAGUAUUCGAGAAAUAUGGCAACGAUGAUCUUCACGAAAUUGGAGCAAUCAAAUUCCUUACUGGCGAAUGCUUCGGAAACCCAGUGAUGGACUUCCUCGAACGUAAGGGAACACCAACCAUCGCUCGUACCAGCUUGAAGAACCCUGGAUGGUCUGGAGACUCUUCCCUCGAGGUGCAAGUACCAGGCAGCAACGAGAUGUACGCUCGUGUGUCCAAGGAUUACAACCCAAUCCACGUCUCGCCCAUCUUCUCUGAAUGGGCCGAGCUUCCAGGUACCAUCACUCACGGAAUGUACACGUCAGCUAUUGCAGCAGGUGUUCUGGAGCAUCUUGCUGGCGAUGGUGAUCGUCUUCGAUUCCGCCAGUUCUCUGCUACCUUCACAGGUAUGGUUUUGCCGUCCGACAGACUCACCGUUCGAUUCAGACAUACAGGCAUGAUUGAAGGCCGCAUGAUCUUCAAAAUCACUGCGUUUAAGAAGGACACGGAUGACAUGGUCUUGGAUGCUAGCGCUGAAAUUGAACAAGCAACCAUUGCCUACGUCUUCACUGGACAAGGCAGUCAAUCUCAGGGCAUGGGUAUGGACCUAUACAACAGCAGCCCUGUUGCCAAAGCCAUCUGGGAUGAGGUCGACGCUUAUCUGUUAGAUAAGUAUGGUUGGUCUAUCCUGGACAUCGUGCGAAAUAACCCAAAAACCUUGACGGUUCACUUCGGUGGUAAGCGAGGUCGCAAGAUUCGCGAAAAUUACCUGGCAAUGACAAUCGAUGUACCUCAACCAGAUGGAUCUUUGGUCACUAAACAGAUUCUUAGUGGAUUGACCCGUGAGUCGAGAUCUUACACGUUCUCCGAAGCUCGUGGUCUGCUCUUCUCCACUCAAUUCGCUCAACCGUCUAUCCUUCUGCUUCAAAAAGCUACCUUCGAGGACAUGCGCUCUAAGGGUGUCAUCCAAGACACCGCCGUCUACGCUGGUCACUCCCUAGGAGAAUACGGUUCCCUCUCCGCCUUCUCCGGCUUCAUGUCCAUCAAGACCCUAAUGGACGUCGUCUUCUACCGCGGCCUCACCAUGCAAGUAUCCAUGGAACGCGACGAAUUCGGCGAAACCAACUUCUCCAUGGUAGCCGUGAACCCCAAACGGGUCGGCAAAUUCUUCGACGAACAAGCCCUCCGCACCCUCGUCAAGAUGAUCGCCGAUGAAUCCGGCGUCCUCCUCGAAAUCGUCAACUUCAACGUCCAAGGCGAACAAUACGUCUGCGCCGGCUCCCUCCAAAACCUCUACGUCCUCGGCGAGAUCCUCAACCACCUCUCCAAGACUGCCAACCUCUUCUCCCUAAUCUCCGAAGCCCUCUCCUCCGCCUCGCCCUGCCACGACACCGAGCUCGGCGACUUGAUCGCUACUUUCGUCGCGCAAUCCAAUAAGCUUCAGCGACCACUUCAACUCGCGCGUGGAAUAGCGACGAUUCCGUUGAAAGGGAUCGAUGUCCCCUUCCAUUCGACCCAUUUGAGGCCCGGGGUGGUGAGCUAUAGGAAGUUUCUGGAGAUGCGGAUUACGGAGGAUAAUAUCCAUCCUGAGAGGCUUGCGGGCAGGUGGGUGCCGAAUGUGAUGGCGAAGCCGUUUUCGCUGGGGGAUGAGUAUUUGAAGGAGGCGUUUAGGUUGACGCAGAGUCCGGUUUUGAGGGAGAUGUUGGGUGUAUGAUUUUGUUUGAUGAAGAAAUUGUGAUGUGCAUUGCGUGGCGUUUGGGAGGAGUUUGGUUGUUGGGGUUUUGCGUGCAUUGUGUUGUUUUGCUAGGUUGUUGUUGCUUCGUUGAUCUCUGUGUAUCUUGAUGCAUCAUGAAUUUCCUAGCCUGUUUGUUUAUUUCUUACUGUUUCUUCUCUGCAUAGCUAGCUCGUUUGUAUUUGUCGUGCAUAUAUAGAUCUCUCAUAGUAUCAUAUAAAAAAGAAUAUCCACC